CCCGCGCCGGCGCGCUCCGACGUGCCCUGGAACUUACCCUCCCUCAGAGACCAGCCUGCGGGGACGCCCGGUUGGAGUUGCGGCCGGGUUUAAAUGAAACAUCAGAUGUUUACAGCCUUCCAAGUGUUAUAUUAAUGCAUCGAGGCACAAGGCAUAAUGUGGCAUGCUAUCUAUUUUGAGAGUGAGUAUUACUGAGUAGAAAUGGCCGAGAGAAGUGGAAAGAUUACUGCAGGACAAGCGUAUAUUGAGGUGGAGUAUGAUUAUGAGUAUGAAGCAAAGGACAGAAAGAUUGUGAUCAGACAAGGGGAGCGCUACCUCCUAGUGAAGAAGACCAAUGAUGACUGGUGGCAAGUCAGACCUGAUGAGAACUCAAAAGCAUUUUAUGUGCCAGCACAGUAUGUCAAGGAGGUCACUCGAAAAGCUCUGAUGCCACCUGUGAAGCAGGCAACAGGACUGCCAAAUAACUCUAUGAAGACAAUACAGAGCAUGCAUCUCCAGAGAUCGACAGAAAAUGUGAACAAAAUGCCUGAGCUUUCAAGUUUUGGAAAGCCAUCGUCAUCUGUUCAAGGAACAGGUCUUAUUCGUGAUGCCAAUCAGAAUUUCGGAUCCAAUUAUAAUUCAGGCCAGACUCUCAACCUAAGCCUGGACCUGACCCAUAAUAAUGGAAAGUUUAACAAUGACUCACAUUCUCCUAAAGUUUCCAGCCAGAAUAGGACACGCUUAUUUGGUCAUUUUCCUGGGCCAGAGUUCUUGGACAUAGAGAAAACUAGCUUCUCUCAGGAACAGUCAUGUGACUCAGCUGGAGAGGGCUCUGAAAGAAUACACCAGGAUUCCGAGUCUGGAGACGAACUUAGCAGCAGCUCCACUGAGCAGAUGAGGGCAACCACACCCCCUAAUCAAGGAAGGCCAGAUUCUCCAGUCUAUGCUAACCUACAGGAACUGAAAAUAUCACAGUCUGCUCUUCCUCCUCUUCCUGGGAGCCCAGCAAUUCAAGUUAAUGGGGAAUGGGAGACUCACAAGGACAGUUCAGGCCGUUGUUACUACUAUAACCGCACAACCCAGGAGCGAACCUGGAAACCACCUCGAUGGGCUCGAGAUGUGAGCACAAGUCGAGAUUUUCAGAGCCCAGGAGAGCAAGAGCCUCUUUCAUCAGAAGAAAACUACCACAGCAGUUGUUUCAGCCAGUCAGAUAGUCAGUGUGGUUCUCCUCCCAGGGGUUGGUCAGAAGAGCUGGAUGAACGUGGGCAUACCUUAUAUACCAGUGACUAUACUAAGGAAAAGUGGCUCAAGCAUGUUGAUGAUCAAGGCAGACAGUAUUACUACAGCGCAGAUGGAUCUCGGUCAGAGUGGGAAUUGCCAAAGUAUAAUGCUUCAUCUCAGCAGCAGAGAGAAAUAAUUAAAAGUAGGAGCUUGGACAGGCGGCUGCAAGAACCAAUAGUGUUAACUAAAUGGAGACAUAGCACCAUUGUGUUGGACUCCAACGACAAGGAUUCUCCAACUACCACAAAACUCUGCUUACCUGAAAAUGAAUCUCCUCCUACUUCAUCAAAGCAUCAAGAUCCAGCCGGCAGUCUGAAGGGUCAGGAGAAAUAUGGACUGUUAAAUGUAACAAAAAUUACUGAAAAUGGGAAAAAGGUUCGAAAGAACUGGUUGUCUUCUUGGGCAGUGCUGCAGGGUUCAUCUUUACUUUUUACAAAAACUCAAGGAAGUAGUACAAGCUGGUUUGGGAGUAAUCAGUCCAAACCAGAAUUCACAGUGGACCUGAAGGGGGCAGUGAUUGAAAUGGCAUCAAAGGACAAAUCGAGCAAGAAGAACGUAUUUGAGCUGAAAACUCGACAAGGAACAGAACUGCUAAUUCAGUCUGAUAAUGAUGCUGUUAUUAAUGAUUGGUUUAAAGUUCUUAGUAGUACUAUCAGUAACCAGGUAGCAGAGGCUGAUGAAGCUGCUGAAGAGGAGACACCGGAUUCACCGGGGCUAGAAAAGCAGGAUAAAGAAAAGGACCAGAAGGAGCUUAAAAAACUCCGCUCAAUGAAAGGAUCCAGCAUGGAUUCUUCAGAGCAGAAGAAAACUAAGAAAAACUUAAAGAAGUUUCUUACCCGGCGCCCCACUUUGCAAGCUGUUCGUGAGAAAGGCUAUAUCAAAGAUCAAGUCUUUGGAUCUAAUCUUGCUAAUCUGUGCCAGAGGGAGAAUGGGACAGUGCCAAAGUUUGUGAAGUUAUGCAUAGAGCAUGUUGAAGAGCAUGGUAAGCGAACACCUCCAGGUUUUAUUCUUCACAUUAAACAAAACCACUCAUUGGCUCAGCAUCGAAAUUCCUACAUCUAG